CUUAUCCAUAAAUAUAACUCAUAAUCAUAUCAACAAUACACCCCUUGCUCUCCUCAACCCUAAAGACUCAAUAGAACCCAAAACAUAUUAGAUACAGAAAGACAAAGAAUAAUAUAAAAUGGCUCCUAUCGUUCACUGCGUCCGCCACGCCCAGGGCGUCCACAACCUCUCCCCAGAAAACCACGUCAUCCCGGACCCCCCCCUCACCGACCUCGGCGUCUCCCAAUGCCGCACCCUCCGCGACUCCUUCCCCGCACACGACAAGGUCGACCUCGUCACAGCCUCGCCGCUCCGUCGCACGAUAUACACCGCGCUAGAGAGCUUCGAGCCCAUAUUCCACGCGCGACCCGACACGCGCCUGAUCCUCAUCCCCGACGCACAGGAGACGAGCGACGUCCCGUGCGACACCGGGAGCAGUCCGGCGGAAUUGCAGCGCGAGGUGGAGGAGAAGGGGUUGCCUGUUGAUGUGGGGUUGGUUGAGGAGGGGUGGAAUGUUAAGGCUGGUCGGUAUGCGCCCACCAGUGACGCGAUCCAAGAGCGCGCUCGCGCCGCCCGCCGCUGGCUCAAAGCGCGCCCGGAGAAGGAGAUCGUUAUCGUGACGCACGGGACCUUCCUGCACUACUUCACUGAGGAUUGGGAGGACUGUUCGAAGGGCUACGGCACCGCAUGGGUCAACACCGAAUACCGCACCUACACCUUCAGCUCCAACGAAGACACCGAGGAUCUGGAAGGCCGGGCAAUCGACGGCGACAACGCGACGAUGGUCGAGACGAGCGAGUCGCGCCAGCGCCGCGGAAAGGAGGACCCCAUGCCGGGACGGGAGGAGCAGAAGAAGCUGUUCCUGCAGGGUAAGCAGCGGUGGGACGAGCAGGGACUGCAGCUUAGCACGGCGGAGCGGGAGGCGGCCAAGGCUAAGUCUGAGAAGGAGGUAUAGACUAGACCUUGAUUCGUUUUGGAUAGACGGGUAUAGAUCUGGAAGGACAAUAAACAAAUAAAGGGUGGGUGGAUGUUUUCUGUUUGCGCAGGGAAUGACAUUAUGAGACAGUCAAUGGAUUGUUAGAAUUGUAUCUAUUGUUGUAUCGAAGAAAGAAUUGAACAAGCAUCUUU